UGGAGCAUAGUCGGUUGUGUUAGCCCCUGUGUCGACUAUGGUGAUGCUAUAGGAAGCAGUCAUAAGAUUGUCGUGAAGUCAGUGAAACCUCAUCUACAGACGUCUAAGAAGCUCACAAAUGAAGUGAAAUACAUAUGUCGAACCCAAGUUAAGGAGUUCAUUUCACCACCGGAUGUGCUGAGGAUGCUUGAGUCUGACUUCAGUGAGAAAAGAGUAGAGGAUGCUAAUUUAUCUCAAGAAGAUUUGCGUUUCCUAACCAUAAUGGAAAAGGGAAUCAAAGUCAAAGCAGAUGGUCACUGUGAAAUGCCACUUCCCUUCAAGAAAGAUCGACCAAGCCUCCCAGACAAUAAGGCAUGUGCAGUUCACAGGCUUCGAUGCUUGAAAGAAAGAUUUGAAAGAGACAAACAAUAUCAAAGGGACUACACGACCUUUAUGAGUGAAAUCAUAACAAAUGGGGAUGCAGAAAGGGUCCCUAUAGGAGAACUUAACAACAGUCCUGUGUGGUACAUUCCUCAUCACGGGGUGUAUCACCCACACAAGCCAGAGAAAAUACGGGUUGUGUUCGACUGCUCAGCAAGAUUCAAAGGCGUGUCAUUAAAUGAUCACCUUCUCACUGGACCAGAAUUGACGAACAGCCUGAUAGGGGUUCUCUGCCGCUUUCGCAAGGGACAAGUUGCUAUAAUGUGUGAUAUAGAGCGUAUGUUCCAUCAGUUUCACGUCAAAGCAGAGGACCAGGAUUACUUGAGAUUUCUCUGGUGGGACGGUGGAAACUUCCAGGCUCCACCAUCAGUCUAUCGCAUGCGAGUGCACCUAUUUGGAGCCGCCUCUUCCCCUGGUUGUGCAAACUUUGGCUUGAAACAUGUUGCCGCCCAAGGACAUGGUCACUAUAGUGAAACAACCAUUCAGUUCAUUGAACGAAACUUUUACGUGGACGAUGGGCUCACAAGUGUCUCAACCAAGGAUGAGGCCAUCAAGUUAGUAAAGGAAGCAAGGCAACUUUGCAGUGUUGGCAAACUGCGAAUUCACAAGUUCAUUUCUAACAAUCAUGAGGUGCUUGCAUCCAUUCCAGAGAGCGAACGAGCAGAUUCAGUACGGAAUCGAGACUUGGUUCUUGGUGAGUCUCGAAUUGAGAGAGCUCUGGGCAUCAAAUGGUGUAUUGUUUCAGACCAGUUCCAUUUCAGAGUGAUUGUGGAAGAACGCCCACUUUCUAGAAGAGGAGUCUUAUCGACUGUAGCAUCCAUCUAUGACCCUCUUGGCCUUGUGGCACCAUUUGUUCUGGUUGGAAAGCAAAUACUCCAACAGAUGUGUAAAGACAAGGUUGGAUGGGAUGAGCCACUGUCAGAAGAGCUUAAACCACGGUGGGAGUCUUGGCUGGCAGAUUUAAGGAACCUGGCUGACAUCAAAAUUCAGCGUUGUUAUCUUCCAGAAGGUUUUGAGAAAGUUGAAAGAUAUGAGCUGCAUCAUUUCUCAGAUGCGAGUGUUAAGGGGUACGGUGAAUGUUCUUACUUGAGAGCAAUCAGUGUCUCAAACCAAGUCCACUGCUCUCUAGUAAUUGGCAAGGCCAGGGUGACUCCUACAAAGGUCACCACUGUACCCAGGCUUGAGCUGUCAGCAGCAGUCAUUGCCGUGCGAAUGAGUGAGCUGCUUAAAAGGGAGUUGGAAGUUCAAACCAAGGAAUUCUUCUGGACAGAUUCGAAGGUUGUUCUUGGAUACAUAAACAACGAUGCUAGAAGGUUUCACAUAUUUGUGGCAAAUCGUAUUCAGCGUAUCCAAGAAGUCUCCAAUUCGGACCAAUGGAGAUAUGUGACUUCUGAGAACAAUCCAGCUGACCAUGCAUCACGGGGUCUGACAUCAAAGGGACUAGUUACUUCCAACUGGUUCACCGGUCCAGAUUUUCUCUGGCAAGAUAAACUUCCUACUGAUGACACUAAGGUGGGAGAGUUGGGAGUUGAAGAUCCAGAACUUCGUAAGACUUUUGUCCAUAAGAUACUGACCACAGAAGAUUCGUUGCUCAAUCAUUUCUCAAGGUUCUCAAACUGGAUAAGGCUAGUUAAGGCCAUUGCACGACUCAUACGAUGUGUCAAAGAGCUCAAGGGUCUGAUAGACAGAACAAACGAAGCCACCAGUCUUGAGGAGAGAAAAGAGGCAGAGUUUUUCAUCAUAGCCGCUGUCCAAAACGACCUGUUUUCUGAAGAAAUCAAAGACUUGAAAUCGAAGAAGACAAUAAAAGGAGAUCGUGCAAAUAGAUUGCACAAACUGAAUCCCUUCUUGGAUGAAAAGGGUGUGUUAAGAGUGGGAGGUCGGCUGAAGUAUGCAGAUUUACACCCACACAUCAAACAUCCAGCGAUCCUGCCGAGCAAAACCCACAUAUCAAGGUUACUGAUUGAACACUUCCAUCAAAGGGUUCAUCACCAGGGACGUGGGAUAACUAUGAAUGAGCUACGAUCGAAUGGCAUUUGGCUAUUGGGAUGUAGUCACGCAGUGUCUUCCUACAUCUACAAGUGUGUCAAAUGCAGAAAAUUCAGAAGGAAUGCUGAAGUGCAAAGAAUGGCAGAUUUACCGCAUGAAAGAGUUGAACCAUCGCCCCCCUUUGCCUAUUGUGGAAUGGACUGCUUUGGCCCGUUCUACGUUAAGGAAGGAAGAAAGGAACUUAAACGCUAUGGUCUGCUAUUCACAUGUCUGUGCUCGCGUGCUGUGCAUAUAGAGCUUCUCGACGACUUGACCAGUGAUGCCUUCAUUAAUGCUCUUCGAACCUUUAUAGCCAUACGUGGAAAUGUUCGACAACUUCGGUCAGAUCAGGGCACCAACUUUGUUGGAGCAAGACGAGAGUUUUUGGAGUCUGUAAAGAAAAUGGACCAAGAAAGCCUAAGACAAAUAGGUUGUGAAUUUGUCAUGAACCCAGCAUCUGCCAGCCAUAUGGGUGGGGUCUGGGAAAGACAGAUCAGGACGAUUAGAAGUGUUUUGACAUCUAUUCUUGAUCAUUCAUCUCAAAGACUUGACACUUCAUCCUUGCGUACCUACCUUUAUGAAGUCAUGGCAAUCAUAAAUAGUAGGCCCUUAACAACUCACCUGUUGAAUGAUCCCACUGGUCCACAGCCCCUUACGCCAAAUCACAUCCUGACCAUGAAGUCUUCAGUGGUUUUACCACCACCUGGUGAGUUUGUGAAGGAAGACCUUUAUCUUCGAAAGAGAUGGCGCAGGGUGCAAUACUUGGCCAAUGAAUUUUGGACCAGAUGGAAAAAGGAAUACUUGCUGAAUCUUCAGCAGCGAGGAAAAUGGUGCAAACCACAAAGAAAUGCCAAAACCAAUGACAUUGUGAUGCUGAUGGAUAAUAGUCUACCCAGAAAUGAGUGGAAGUUGGCAAAGGUAACCAAGGUGUACCCUAGUGAGGACGGAAUCAUUAGGAAACUCGAGCUGCUAAUCAGUGAUCCGGCAUUGGAUGACCAAGGAAAAAGAGUUAACAAGCCAGUGUAUCUUGAGAGACCCAUCCACAAAACAGUUACCUUACUCGAAGCUGAAUAAAUUCAGAGCUCCUGUCUUUGUACCUUAUGUUGGCCCAAGAGUCUAUCUACGCUUAUUUUCCUUUGUUUGCCUUUUCCUUAUUUCCCUUUGUAAUGAGGUCCAGUUGGAAAUCACCAGUGAUUUGGUGGGAGUGUGGCUGCCGUCAGCCACAGUCAUGCAGUUUUGAGAUAAUUUAUGGUUCAAGUUACGAUAAAUAAGCUAAGAAUAUUUUAUUUUUAAUAAUGUAUACGUUAAGCGCGCAUUUAAAUGGUUUACAGAAUAUUUCCAGGGUGGAACCAAUGUUUAGUUUGUUGUUUCGGGGUUGACAAUAUUUUCAGUUGCACGCCACACUUGAUAGGCGGCAGCAUGCUAACCGCUAUCAUUCGUUGGUAGAGCUAUGCAGACGCAUGCAACGACGUUUUCCAGCUGCGGAAAGGAGUGACACUGCAAGAUGUGUUUUUUAUUAACCCCUGCAAGUUAAUGCGGCCAAUGAGUUCUCACGGCACCGUUGGUGGCACCUGUGUGCAAUAAAUGCCAGUCAAAAUUCAAGAACGCCUUGUGUCCGUUUUCAACUUGGAGGG